AUGGUUUACCCGGCUAUCGAAGUCACUGUUGUCACCGUCGGAAAUCGCACGAUUGAAGAUGAAUCAACUGAAGAUGGACAGAAGUAUAUGAAAGCAUUCCAUGCAGCAGCAACAACUAUUCCUGGCUGCUCUCGUGGAUGCUGGGGCAGAAGUGAUAAAUAUCCAGACAAGGUUAUCCAUUUUAUCGACUACGACACGCGUAAACAGCAUGAUGUCCACAAAGCUCUUAUUAAAGGACCUACGCCACCAAUUCUUUUGGAUGUCCAAAGCAAUGAGACUGUCUAUGUCAUUCACCCAAACACUAAUGACCGCAACAAAGUUUACUAUGCCCCAUACACUACAGUUACUUUCUUCUGGGGAAUACAAGAAGACAAAUGGACUGAUGUUGCGCCCGAAUUCUUUGCUGCUGUGGCUAAAUCCGAUGGCUGCACUGGGUAUAUCUGGGGUGAAGUGGAUACCCCCAUUUUGGCCGACUUUGAUGGUAAUGCGUCGCUGGGCAGUCGAAAGUGUGGAAUCUUAAUCACCGGUUGGCGCAGCAAGGGCCAGCACGAUAAUGAUAACAAGAACCCGCGAGUUGUCAAGGCCUGGGAAGCUGUUCAGAAAGUCUGUGCCAAGGCAGAUGAUUGGGGGACGACGCUGAGGAUCACUGAGAAUACCGGCCAUAUUCACCGAUGGACUACCCCUUUGCCAUUGAAGGAUCGCUCUGACUGGCUUCCAGCAGCUGGGAUGAUUUAA